CUGACCAAGAGGCUGGCACCAGAGUGCAUAUCGCAGAGACCGGGAGGUGGGAAUUCUAAAGUUUGUUAUAUCGAAGGACAUCAGGCGAUAGCACUCACGAAUAGCAUAUUUGGGUAUGAUGGCUGGUCUAGUCAGAUUAUGGACACAAAAAUCGUUUAUAUUGAACAAUCACCUAAUCACAAAUGGCACUGCACUGCACAGGCCUUAGCCAGAGUUACUGUUCUUAGUACGGGUGCAUUCCACGAAGACGUUGGAUUUGGUGAUAUGGCCAAUAGUCCAACGAGAGGUGCAGCUAUUGACAAAUGCAUGAAAGAGGCCGUAACUGAUGCGGUAAAGAGGUGUUUACGUUACUUUGGUAAUUCAACCGGUAAUUGUCUCUAUGAUAACAACUACACUCGAGAAAUUGUCAGA